AUAGCCAAGGGUCUUUUAACAUGCAACUUAAAAGAAACACUAAGAAUCACCUGAGUAAAAUGGUUGCGAGGAAUCAAGGAAAGAUGGGCUGGCGAGUGGCUGUAUUUGAGGAACAGAGGGCCUUCUUGCAGCCAAUUGUUAGUCCGGAAGAGAGUUUCUGAACCAUUUUUAUCCCUGCUUUUGAUUAAGAAGGGCAUUGCUAAGGAUCUCAGCUGAAGUAGCUUUUUCCAUAUCAACUGCUUUGUUGAGACCAUCUAUGCUUUGGUCAGAUAUAUCUUAGUAAGCCAAUGAUGUCAGAUGGAGAAACUGUGACUUUGUUUCUGAAGGCAGCGAGAUUGAGGAAUCUAACAUACUCGGCUCCAUUGUUUGUGGAUGUCACUAAGAGAGUGAUAAAGAAAGGGCAUGAUGGUGAAGAAGUAACUGAAACUCAAGAUUUUACUAAAGUCUUCGUUGGGAAGGUUCCUAUAAUGCUCUGGUCGAGCUACUGCACAUUAUAUCAGAAUUCAGAGAAAGAUUUGACGGAUCUGGGAGAGUGUCCAUAUGAUCAAGGUGGGUAUUUCAUUAACAAUGGGAGUGAAAAGGUUCUAAUUGCUUAGGAGAAGAUGAGCACCAACACGUUUGUGUUUAAGAAGAGGAAGCCAAACAAGUAUGCUUAUGUGGCAGAAGUCCGAUCAAUGGUGGACUCCCAGAACAGGCCACCCAGUAGCAUUUUUGUGUGGAUGCUUUCACGGACUAGUGCCAAAGGGGUAUGGGCAUUAAAUAUGGUGGCUCCUACCCUUCCGUACAUUUGGACUGAGAUUCCUAUUAUUAUUGUGCUUCGGGCAUUAGGAUUUGUUGCUGACAAAGAUAUAUUUGAGCAUAUUUGCUAUGAUUUCUCUGACACUCAUGGAGUUGCUACGACCCUCCUUGGAAGAAGCAUUUGUAAUAUAAAAUCAACAGGUUGCACUGUACUACGUCGGGAAACGAGAGGCCACUGUUGGUGUCACAAAUGAAAAGAGGAUUAAAUAUGUGUUAUGAAUGCUGGCUGUUGUUAUACACGAGUGUAAAGCUGUCUUUUGUGCUUCUUUUUUUGUUUAAGGAGAGUCUCCUGUUCAUUUACUUCGUAGGUAUGCCAAAGAGAUCCUCCAAAAGGAAAUGCUUCCUCAUGUUGGUGUAGGAGAGUAUUGUGAGACAAAGAAAG